UGUCGUAGUAGUGCAUCGUGAAGCGAGGGUCGUAGCCGAAGCCGUAGAUAGUGACCUCGUCGCAGAUGUGCAGGGCCAAAAACACCACCAUUGCUCCUGCCGAAGUUGCCAGCAAAUCAUUAAGCACAUCUCGGAGAAAUAAAUCCAUCAUCAACCAAGGGAAGGAGUAUAUCUGAGCUGUUGUUCUAUUGGACAAUUUGAUCGUAUUAAGCCACACGUGUGCAGCAAGCCCACAUUUAAGAUUUGAAGCUUCGAAUCUCUGAUGGCGACACAAGGCGAAGGCAGUCUUUGAAGUUCCCUUCCAUGCAAACGGCAUUCGGCAGAGGCUGACUGGUCAACCUAUGAUCUUCAAAAGUAACUGAUAUUUUUGAGCUGCACCCUACUUGGACGAAUGCUGAGAUGUCAUCCACAAGACAUCCGGCACUCAGCCAAUCGCCGUUCCGGAUUGAUGUCAGACGCCCGCCAAAGAUGACCACGCUGCGAUAUUUGAACCGCGCUUUCUUGGCCACAAUAAUCCUGUACGGCUUGCUUGCGGUGGUUGUGAUCGUGGUCCACAACAGAGCACAACUGAACCACGCCAUCACCGAUGUGGAACGCAGGGAGGAGAUCCAACUCGGUUCAAUCUCGGAAAAGAAAGGACCGCUCCAAACCCCUCCAGUCCGGGAGAACAAGGACGUCGAGAUGAAGGAAGAGAGGAUUAAAGAUGUCGAGAUGGAGGUAGAGAAGAAGAAAAAGAAGGAGCAGCAGGAGAAGUCCAAGAGAAAUCUUGGCAAGCUGCCCUUCACCAAAGAUCGUUUUUACAAGCCAUCGGGGUGUCCGAAAACCCUGUCCUCCGUGAGCAAGUAUUCCAAGUGGUUUCGGGAUCGAUUCAGACCGGGCGUUAAGGUGUUUCUGGACAAGGAGGACUUGCGCAACUACGAUGCCCUCAAACAGUACGUGCUUCCCUUUGGGGUCCGAGGAAUGAACAAUUCACUUUUCAACGACAUCAUCGGCCAUCCGAACUUCGCCAACCCUGACCUACCCCUGCAGCGAUCGAGUCAGGCUUGCAUCAGGUGUGCGGUGGUAGGCUGCGGGGGCAUCCUGAACGGGUCUGGUGCCGGGAAAGAAAUCGACAGCCACGACUACGUGUUUCGGUUGAACCGAGCCAUUUCGAAGGGAUCGCACGCCCAAAACGUGGGAACGAAAACCACCUUCUACACCUUCUUCCCCGAGUCUGAGCACGUACCUGAUGUUGUGGACAAGGACGUUAUAUUCUUUUACACCAUGUUCAAAACUUACGAUACCCUCUACGCCCUCAACAUGAUCCGGGAUAUGAAGCCACCACCAGCGCAUGGAGUCAAUGGGCUCAGGUUCCCGCGGAAACCACAAGUCAAACCAUCGAAAUUGAAGCUGGUCCACCCAAGUUUCAUCCGUUACAUUUUUGCUAACUAUCUCGACGGUGUCGCCUACAGGCCCACCACAGGUGCCAUUGUCGUCCUCAUGUCCAUACACUUGUGCGACGAGGUGACGAUAUACGGGUUCGGGUACGACCACCGGUUCACAUUGCACUACUACGACACCAAGUUUGUGAGGCACACCGACAAGGCGACGGCACUUCAUGACGUUGACAACGAGCGCAAACUGUGGCAAAAACUGCACGACGAGGGAAUCAUUAGACUAUUCAAAAGGGACCUAUGAAAAUCGAAGACUUGUGCGUGUGUGCUUACUAUGCUUCGGGACUGAGGACUCGCGACAGUGAGGUGUAUCCGAUAGCAAUGACUCCGAGGACUUGGGGGGUUCUGUGUACAAAUCUUAAAUGGGGCAUAUUACUAAGGGGCGAAACUGUUGGGACAAAAGAAAGGGAACAGCGUGUCUUCCGCGUUUUAUAGCAAAACGCGACUUCCUGCAUGUGCGUGUCUCCUGAAAACCCUCCAGACUUCAAAGGCACUGAACAAAAUAAUUAGGAAUUUAUAUUUGAUUUUUAUGUAUUUUCCCUUGGCAAAGUUUUUAUUAAAAACACAAGGCCUAUACUUUUAUGGAGUUUGGUUUCUUUUAUAUGAAGAUACAAAGGCAUGUCCGGGUUUUGUAAAGGAAGGAUGUGUCUCCUUAAAUGAAUUUCCAAUCUUUCUUCAUCCGUAAAAGAAACCCCUCCAUUUCCACAGGUAGGGCAAUCACAGUUCUUAUAAAGUGAUGGUGCUUUCAAUUCUUAAAAAGCGACUCUCCCAAGGGGGUAACUUACCACCACCACCCCCCCCCCCGCUGGACACGCCACUGACAUUAUACGGUGCCUCGGUGUAUAGCUGUUUAUACAGAAAGUGGUGUCAAGUUCAGACUUUGGAACCAAAAUGGCUGUUCGAUAUGUGUGUCCUGACGCAUAGUCCACCAUUUCGGUUCCAAUAAUUGAGACGCCCAUGUCGUAUUAAACUCUUUCAAUAAAGAGCUCCAUCUCGAUGUAUGAGAACAUAGUUUUGAUGGCCUAGAUAGUAGAUAAGCUAUAUGAAGUGUUUGAAGGUCGUAGGUCACAGGGUCGCUAACCGUGGUGGCAAAUUCCACACUUUUGUGCAAGGAUUUGUUCUCAGUCAGUAUAAUUAUUUUGAAAGCAUGAACUGGAAUCCAUUGCAUGACAAAUGCAUGUCUCAUUUCAGAGCGCUUGAGUUUUUGAUGGACUACGCGAGAGAAUGGAGUGCCUGCUUAUUGAAAUCAAACCUCCACCAAAUGUGUACCUUCAGCCCAAGCGAACCUGCAGAUAGACACUUGUGCGUACAACCCAUGCUUUCAGUCACAGACUAAUGACCAACGGUCUGACGGGGUGGGUUCACGGUAUUGAAAGGCGAGGGGAGGACAGUCCAUAUCGACGGCUGGUGAAAGUAAAUUUUAUAUGUUCAGUUUUGUACCUGCGUUUUAUGGCAUGUCUUAACACUUUCAACACUUAGCAGUUUCAACUAAUAUGGAAUAUUCGAAGAGCAAAAAAGGUCCAGUUGCUGUGUUUGCGUUUGGUUGACAGAUUAUCCUUGAGCGGCGGAAGUAUUUACACCAAAUUUACUUAGAUUUCAGUCAGAAACUGAUACUAAAGAAUUGCUCUUGUAGAUUAGUGGAAGUAUGACAUGUGCCUCUCCUACAAAGUUUUGGUUGGUCGUGGUAAGAAAAUAUAGCCUUUUCAGAUUUUCCUUUGUGCAAAUUCAGGUUGUAAAAAUUAAUCUGUAAUCAGGAAAAUAAAACAGAAUCACGUGAAAUGGAUCCUGAGUCUAAUAAAAAAUGCGAUGCAAACAA